AUCUCCCACAACAAGCUAGCGAGCGAGAGCGUAUGAUCGAUCUAUGAAGUUGUCUUGUCUUGUCUUGUCUUGUCGGCAAGAGAGUGGUAACUACGCAUCCGAGACGUUGCGGCAUCUGAUGGAAGUUUAAUCACGGCCGACCGUUGCAUUCAAAAAUCUUCCAAGAAUGGCAACUCUUGCAGAUAUGGAAACUUUGCAGCUGGCAU